CUUUUUAAUUUUCCUCUCUCUCCCCUCCCUAAGGAAACGCCGUUCUAUGGUGCUACAGUUAAGAUCCAUGAGCCUGUGGGGGUGAUAGGCAUUGCUUGUCCUGACACGUGUCCCUUACUGGCCUUUGUGUCAGUACUGGCGCCUGCAGUCAUCCGAGGUAACACUGUUGUUAUCGCACCAAGUCAGAAACAUCCCAUGAUUGCUGUGGAUAUGUACCAGGUACCAAUCAUGUCCAUUUUAUUUUCUGAGUUAUUCUGUGCAUUAGUACUCUGUUUUGAUCGUGGACCACUGAGUUCAAAAUUUUUUCCUGUGCUUUCCGGUGAUCAUAGUCGUUUUCUUCUUUAAUUACGAGACCAUAAAAUAAUAUGUUUAUUCGGCAACAAGAAAUUUAUUUUUUCCCGCGAUUAUCGAUUGAACAUAUUCUAUGAUCGAUUAUCGAUUAUAAUAAAUUUUUCGGCACACAAUUGUUGUGUGUGAAUACUCGAAUAAGCGCCCAUACUAUGGCCUAAAGUUUGAAACAUGCCUCUUUUUACUCGACCUCUCUUCUUUUGAUAACCGACAAAGGCGGAGCACUAUGUUUUAAAAUCAUGUUUAAUCUUAAGCGGAGCAUUUUUUGACGAUCAUGUGGCUUUCUCGUUCACUGCAUCAUUGGGGAGCUUAAGCAACAACGACGACAGUAAAAACAUCAGUAAAAACUGAAUUUGCGUCCUUUCAAACUUUAUCGCGUCUAUUUGAACCCGCUCAAUUUGUCAAAUGUAGGCCACUUUUCCUGGAAUUAAAUUCUUAAGGACUUUAUCCAUGUUCAAAUAGACAAAGGAAAAUUUGUCGUCGUAUGUCCACGUCCUCCAUAAAACGUCGCAUUGGGAGGUUUCACGUCGUAGUCGUGCAGUGAACGUCAAAGAAAUGUAGUAAGAAGCGUGAUGCAGGUGCAGAGCAUUUGUUUUGCUCAUAAAAGCAACAGACGUUUUCACCGAUACGGCGGCCAUAUUGAAUUAAUUCGAUUUAAGGAGUAUUAUAGGAUGCCCUGGGGGCAUGAGCACCAUUUGUUUGUAUUUUCGAGCGUUUCUCGAGACGUUUUUCUUAAAGUUUUCUUAGAAUAAGAUUGUAAUGGGAAAAAAGAUCCUUGUGCCGUGUUUGGAUCGCCUUUUUCUAGUUUAGUAUUAGAAAUUUGGUCUUUCCCUGUAUAUUUCUCGGGAAAAAAAGCGAUCAUUAUUACAUCCAAACACGGCACAAGGAUCUUUUUUCCCAUUACAAUCUUAUUCUAAGAAAACGUUAAGAAAAAAUGUCCCGAAAAGCGCUCGAAAAUACAAACGAAAUGUGCUCAUGCCCCCUGGGCAUCCUAUAAUACUCCUGAAAUCGAAUUAAUUCAAUAUGGCCGCCGUAUCGGUAGAAAGGUCUAUUGUUUUUUGUCGUUGUCGUCGUCGUCGUCGUAGUUGCUGAAGCUCCCUAUUGCAGUACAAGUAACGCUAACACGCGGUGAAAAGAAAAAGUAUUUUUCUAAAAUAAUUAGCAUGGUCUAGCUCAUUCUGAAGCAUCCUGUGGAUGGUUCAGCUCCAACACUGAAAACAUGACACGGCGGAUGUUCAAAAUCUGAUCCUCAAAAUUUAACAAAGAAUGUUUGCCGUGGAUUUUUUAAAUUGGCUGGCAGUUUCAAUUGUUAGUGCUAAUCCCGAGGAUAAGUUGCCGAAAAGGAGGGCCGGAAUUUAACACGUCUUCCAAUUUUUCAACUCAAAUUUGAACGCCUGAAAUAUUACGCUAUGCCUUAUAGGUGAUGUUACACGACGUUGAUUUUUAGCGCAACACAGCGUUGCAAUGUUAGAGCAAUGUUGUAACCAUUCGAAACAAUGUCGCAGCAAUGUUGCCACGCUGCGUUGCGCUAAAAAUCGUCGUUGCGAAUCGUCAAGUGUAACAUCACCUUAUGUCGAACCAAGUUCAAACGACGGCGUUAGCGGUCCAUUUUGCCGCGCGUUUUGCGAUAACUGCGAAAUUUUAGGUUACAGUUUGUGUUAAAAAAUUCUUACAGUGUCUCCGGCAAGGUUCGUUCGUUCGUUCAAUGCGGAACAUUGCAUAUUUUUUUCUCGCUUCCUUUCUGUAGAUUUUUGACACGUCGGACUUGCCCGGUGGUGUUGUAAACAUCGUCACAGGGGACCGCGAUCACCUCACUAAAUACCUGUCCGAACAUCAGGACGUUCAAGCCAUGUGGUACUUUGGCUCAGCGGAGGGAAGCAAAUUUGUGGAGUGGUCAUCAGCGGUCAACGUGAAACGUACCUUUGUAAACUACGGUCAGAGCCGAGACUGGCUUGACAACUCUCAGGGGCAGGGCGAGGAGUUUUUGUUCCACUCUGCCGAAUGCAAGAACGUAUGGCUUCCGAUGGGAGACAUCUUUGCCAAUUAG